CUUGUUAACGUCAGUCAACCUUGACAAUAACACCUGUUAAUCGACGAAAAUGGCUGUAAACAACAUUCUCUGGUUUCGCCAUGGACUACGACUUCACGACAACCCAAGCCUGCUGGAGGCCCUUCGCAACGACUACGGUGAUCACACGGAACCGGUUCGGCUGUAUCCAAUUUUCAUUUUUGACGGAGAAAGCGCUGGCACGAAGCUGGUGGGCUACAAUCGUAUGCAGUUUCUGCUAGAGUCGUUAGCCGACCUGGACCGCCAGCUACGGGAGAUUGGCGGCCAGCUGUUCAUGUUUCGCGGCAAUGCUGUCAAUGUGAUGCGACGAUUGUUUGAAGAGUUGAACAUUAAAAAACUUUGCUUCGAACAGGACUGCGAACCCAUCUGGAAAGAGCGGGAUGAACGAAUUUCGGAUCUGUGCAAAAUGAUGGACGUAAGAUGCGUAGAGAAGGUAUCGCACACGCUAUGGGAUCCGGAAGAGGUGAUUCGGGUCAAUGGGGGAAUCCCUCCACUAACGUACCAAAUGUUUCUGCACACGGUUAACAUAAUUGGCAAACCACAACGCCCCGUGGAAGCACCAAUCUUCGAGUUUGCAGAAAUCGGCAAAGUGCCGGCCAUUCUGGCUGCCGAGUUGAAACUAUUCACCAUUCAUCCGACUACGAAAGACUUUGGAAUCUACUACGAAGGCAAUCCGGAUAUUUCGCACAAUCGAUGGGUGGGUGGAGAAACCAAAGCACUCGAAAAUCUCAGUCGUCGGCUGAACCAGGAAGAGGAAGCAUUCCGCGAUGGGUACUAUCUGCCAAACCAGGCCAAACCGGAAUUUUUGGGUUCAUCAACGUCGCAAAGUGCUGCGCUGCGUUUUGGGUGCUUAUCGGUGCGAAUGUUCUACUGGUGUGUCAACGAUCUUUUCGAGAAGGUACAGUCGAAGAGCGAAUGCAAGAAUCCGCAAGGUCAUCAUAUAACUGGACAGCUGAUUUGGCGGGAAUAUUUCUACACGAUGUCGGUGCACAAUCCUCAUUACGCCGUGAUGGAAGCGAACCCAAUCUGCCUCAACAUUCCCUGGUAUGAGCCAAAGGAUGAUUCACUGGAUCGGUGGAAAGAAGGACGUACCGGAUAUCCGAUUGUGGAUGCCGCCAUGAGACAGUUGCUAGCCGAGGGAUGGCUGCACCACAUUCUUAGGAAUAUCACGGCAACGUUUCUGACACGCGGAUGUUUAUGGAUAAGCUGGGAGGCUGGAGUCGAACAUUUUCUCAAACACUUGCUUGAUGCGGACUGGUCAGUAUGCUCAGGAAAUUGGAUGUGGGUUUCGUCGUCUGCUUUUGAGAAAAUGCUCGAUUCGUCUUCAUGCACGUCUCCCAUUGUGCUGGCUCGUCGACUAGACCCAAAGGGAGACUACGUAAGACGAUACUUGCCUGAGUUAAGCAAGCUGCCUACUAUCUAUGUCCACGAACCGUGGAAGAUGCCGCUGGAUGUGCAAAAGGAAUAUACCUGCAUUAUAGGUCAGGAUUAUCCGGCCCCUAUUGUUGACCUAGAUCAGGCCAGCAAACGGAACGUCCACACUAUGAAUGGAAUUCGCAAGAAGUUGAUGGAACGUGGAUCUACACCACCACACUGUCGACCGUCGGACAUGGAGGAAAUUAGGCAAUUUUUUUGGUUACCCGAGGAUGUCAUUGCAGAUUGCUAAACAAUUUGUUUUUUUUAACAUACAUUAAACCAACUGAACCGGCUGCCAAUAAAAAAUCAAUUCUCAGGUACAAACGACGAUAUCAAUCUGUCUUAUAGAAUAUAUUGUAUUACUAAUGCGCUAGAUUACAACACUCUUGAAGAGAAUGGACAUAUUAUCGUGACUACGUUUGACCUCCACUACCAGCAGAAUAAUAUAAUUUUAUAUGAUCGAAUCAAUUAUUAUGUCUUAUAUUUAGAAACAUGUAGUAAGAUAAGCAUAAAUAAUGAAAAAAAAAACACUUUCAAAAAGUGAUGCUCUGAUUGGUUGCCAUUAUUUCCUGUGUAUGGCAGCCCAGAAAAGCUUAUAAACAUUUAUAAAUAAAUGAACCAUUGUAGAGUUGACUGGCACAGAAGUCAAGGAUAAUUUAGGCCACUUUCGAAAGUUGUGUAAUUUUCAGAAUAAAGUACGGCUUGGCUGGAUUGUUACACGCGACUCCAUCUUUUUGUCAAAAUCAAUGUAGUACGUAAACCAUUAACAAACUCAACAAAUAUUCCAGAAGUAUCACGAU